GUCUCCAGACCCCCGCCGGCGGCCGACAGGUGACCAUCACAGACCCGUACUCUGAUCUGGCUCAGACCGGCUCCAUCCGGUGCGUACCGACCGAGUUACAGCACCGCCGCGGCGUCCCGUCACCCGCCCUCCCCAGCUGACCGGAGAGGCGCCGAUCCCAGUCCCACAGCUGAUCCCGUGCCGACCGCAGCUGACCGAGCAGCGCCGACAGCUCUGAGCGCGUCCAACACCCCCUUCCUUCACCAUGGAGCACAUUGAGGAGUUCAAGGCGCCGCCGAAGGUGACCAGCCUGACCCAGCUGGUGGACGAACUACACAGGGUGUUCUCCUGCGAUCGCGUCAACGUCGACUACGUGAAGAGGCUGAUGGAGGGCUACGUCUCCAACCCCGAGGAUUGGCGGAAGUACGCCAAGCGCGACAAGUUCAAGUACACCCGGAACCUGGUGGACUCGGGUAACGGCCGGUUCGACAUCAUGUUGCUCUGCUGGCCGGAGAGUAUCGCCUCCACUAUCCACGACCACACGGACGCCCACUGCUUCAUGAAGGUACUGCAGGGAGAGCUGCAGGAGAUCCGCUACAAAUGGCCCACCGAUGAGACCCCGAAUAACGGCAUGGAAGAGCUGGGCCGUACGCGGCUGCCACUCAACGGAGUGUGCUACAUCAAUGACUCGCUGGGCCUGCACCGCGUGGAGAACCCGAGCCACUCGGAGAGGGCCGUCAGCUUGCACGUGUACGUGCCGCCGUUCACCACGUGCCAGGCGUUCGACCAGCGCACGGGGCGCACGCAGAAGUGCCGCGUCACCUUCUGGAGCAAAUACGGCAAACGGAUCACGUACCAGCCGAGUAUGGACAACUCGGCGCCCCCUGAUGUGCACACGAUCCAGUACAACUGCCCGCUGGAGAAGACGUGCGGCGAACGGCCGCGACUCACCAGACAACACGAGGCCAUCCAGGAGUGAGCGCCGGGGAGUGGUCGAGGAGUUAGGGCCGUGGAGUGGUCGAGGAGUUAGGGCCAUGAGGUGAUCAUGGAGUUAGGGUCGUGGAGUGGUCGAGGAGUUAGGGCCAUGAAGUGAUCGAGGAGUUAGGGACGUGAGGUGAUCGAGGAGUUGGGGCCAUGAGGCGGUGGAGGAGUUAGAGGUCCCGAGGUGAUCUAGAAAUGAGCGUUGUACAUACGACCAUCCAUGAGUGAGCGCAGUGAAGUGAGCGGCUCCCGCCGCCAGAGGGCACGUACACGACAUUCCCCGGGGGGUCACCGGACCGCUGCACUGCUGGGGCACCGCGGGACUGUGGUCGGUGACCUCUGUCUUUUCACUACCGCCUCUGUGCCCUCUGUUGUUCAGCAGAGCGCUGGUUUGCCGUGGCCCCCCGAUUUUACCAGUAUCACAGAAGUGAGCCGAGCUGGGGUUUCCCGGGCCCGGCUCGGGAAGGUGAACCCCCGAAGUUGUAGCUGUGGGGGCUCCGAUUUUAGGCUCCGAUAACUACAGGUCUGAAACACCCGCAUCGAAAUGCACAGCCGCGCUUGCCACGACGAAGAUAUAUUUUUGAAACAGGUGACCAUGGGUUGUGCGUUUUAUCGUUUAUAUGUUUCAGCGUCAAAGCUAUAGACAUUAUUCAGCAGCCUGCUCGAAUAAUGUCACUCGGUUUUGGGAGCGGGCUCGUUUGUGUAAGAUGUCGCCAAACUUUCACGCGUUGUCGGUUACUGGUGUGUGUUUUACGAUAACAGUUACCAUGACAUAAAUGUUGCACUUGUCUAAGUGAUAACUGAUUCGACUUGGAUUCGCUAUUGUACUGUGAUUAGUGUCUGUGUCUGCUCGUUGCAUGCGCCAUGACUUCAAGUUUGAUGUGCUUAUCUAUAUGUAUGCUUCAUACGUAUUCCAAAUCACUUAACAGCACUCUUAGUAGCUAUUUCUUACGAACUAUUCUCUUCUCUCCUGAAUACCCAACGACUCGUAGUAUCAAACACUGUGCCUACAACGCACGCACUACUCUGUUCUCUCUCGAACAGUCUGAUGACUGAAUGUGUGGUGAUAGUGGGUGCCUUCUCUCUCCCUCAGUCCUCGGUCCUCCCCUCUCUGUCCUGUGAUGUUCCAACACGCAGGACUUUACGCUCUGGCGGCGACCGGGCGGCUAUGGUCCUUGUGGUUUAUGUGUGUUUUACGUCAGACUGGCGUGGGGGGAGGGUGUUCCGCCCGACCGGAGCCCGGCCCACCGGACAGGACCCCCGCCUGGUCGGUCGGAUAGAUUCCAGGCACACUGUGUCGGGCGGUCCCUGUUUAUACAGCGUACCAGUCUCCGGCCGGGUACCCUUGUUUAUAGCUGGCUAGUUUAAGGAGGGGUUGUGGCAGCCUUUCGCUCGGAGCAGGCGGAGGCUGCGCCCCAAAGCGUUGCAGAGACGCUUGUGUCGUGUUGUAUGCUCUAAGAUUUCAUGGGUAUGUGCAAUAUAAUUAAGGACGUGUC